AGACCAUUGGUCACCUAAACAUAGUGGCACUCCAGGGGUUGAUGUGAUUGGGUAAACGCGCAUCCAUAAUGUUUUGUUAACAUCACUGCUACAGUGAGAAGCUCCGAGGAAGACGUAACGCUAGCUCGGUUGACGUAGUGGUGGUGGCCCGUGGUGCUCUUGCAAUGAUCACCACAUCUAUUUAUCUUGGUGAUUACAACUAGCCACUGGGAGUUGAUAUGAAGGCGGGGGCCUCAUCCAUGUGGGCAUCAUGCUGUGGUCUGUUGAAUGAGGUGAUGGGCACAGGUGCGGUCCGCGGGCAGCAGACGGGCUUCGGGACUGGUGCUGGGCCCUUCCGCUUUGCUCCUAGUGCCGGAUACUCCACAUAUCCCCCUACCAGCUCAGGGAGCCCCAGCCUGGUAUGCAAGGCCUGCGGGCAGGCUUUCUCCGUCUUCAGAAGGAAGUACAUGUGCUGCGACUGCAAGAAGAGCUUCUGCUCGCUGUGCUCGGUGCUGCAGGACAACCUGCGGCGGUGCGCCACCUGCGACCUGCUCCGGGCCACUGCCUUCCAGCGGCCGCUGCUCAUGCGGCUGCGCGUCAAGGACCUGCGUCAGUACCUGCUGCUGCGCAACAUCCCCACCGACACCUGCCGCGAGAAGGAGGAUUUGGUGGACCUGGUGCUGUGCCACCAGGGCGCCGAGAGCGACGUCGAGGAGGAGGACGAGGAGCCCGACACGCCCACGCUGCAGUCGCGGCCGCUCUACGACCCGCCGCUGCCGCCACCGCCACCCUCGGUCCUGGAGCCCCCCGCAUCCACCUCCUCCCCCCAGAUCUCCCCCGUUGCCACGUCUCAGGGAGAAGCCAUCAGCAGGAGCAACAGCUCAGGGUCCACCAAUCAGGACAUAGGAGAUGCCACCUCCCUGUCUCUCCUUAACCUGGAGCCUAGUGACCACACCCCUGAGGUGAGUCCGCAGACACGCCGGCGUGCGCGGGCCUCCCUCUCGGACCUGUCCUCGCUGGAGGACGUGGAGCGGCUGUCGGUGAGGCAGCUGAAGGAGAUCCUGGUGCGCAACUUUGUCAGCUUCUCGGGCUGCUGCGAGAAGUGGGAGCUGGUGGAGCGCGUCCGCCGGCUGUACCGCGAGAACGAGGAGAACCGCAAGUCCAUGGAAAAUGUGAACAGUGCCAUCACUGCCGUGGUUGCCUACCCCCCGCCAAUCUGCAAUGGUGGAAUCGGAGAUGCUGUGCAAUCUCAGCUGGUCACUGAUGAGAACCUGUGCCGGAUCUGCAUGGACGCUGUGAUCGACUGCGUCCUCUUGGAGUGCGGACACAUGGUCACCUGCACCAAAUGCGGCAAGCGCAUGAGCGAGUGCCCGAUCUGCAGGCAGUACGUGGUGCGGGCCGUGCACGUCUUCAAGUCCUAACCCACCCUGCAUCGGACCCAAGCAUUCCUAGGGGGGGAAAACAACAUUAAUGACGACAACAACAACAAUACACUGAACGCACAAACUAAAAAAAACAAUCGCACUCGGCACAACCAUUACAUGCACACAUAAUUAAACAUGUACCAUCCAACGUCCACCGGCAGGUUUAAACUCCUGAAGCUUCAGACCCUCCUGUGGCCCUGGUGGUGAGCCUGUGGAAAGGACCUCAUCUGUCACGUGCUGAAGUGUCAUUUUUCUUCCAAAACCAAGAGGUUCUAGCCAGAGACUGAGAAGCGCCUGUCUCUCAGAAAUGGCCGCGAGACUAAGGUUUGCAGUUUGCAGUGGUGUGGCAAUGUCUUUGACAUUGUCCUCUGUGGGCUCUAGGCAAACGUUCAGAAGAAGGGAAGAGCUUACCUGCUCCAGGGGGGAGGUGUGUGCGUUUUUAUAGGUGGCCUCGCAUGUGUAACACUGUGUUAACUCUGCUAACGUUGGGGCUAGUCGUGAAACGUCUCUUACUCUGUUGUGUUUGUCCAUGAAACAGCGGGCAUGCAACACGUAACAUGAUUCAGGGACACCUGUUGGUUUCAAGGAUAUUCAUGCCCCAUGUAUGUGAAUUUAGGUUCUCUCUUUGGUUUCAGACUCCUAUGUUGUGUUUGUUUGUUUUUCUGUUUUCAGUUCAUCCAUUUCAUGGCAGUCUGAGUUUAAAUGCGCUGGCAGAAGAGAUGUUGACAUUGCUAUUGAUCCAGACGUUGUGUAGCCUGUUGAAUGGCCGCAGUCUGGUUUGUGGUUGUGUGGAAGGGAUGGACCAGGGAACAUUCUGGAACAUUUUUGGGAGAGGGAUCGUUUUUAGCGACGGCAUGGGUGAAGUCUAUUUGUGACGGGAUUUCGUGCCAAAUCUCUGUGUGGUAGUGCCAUUGGUGGUUUGUGUGUGUGUGUGUGUCUGUGUCUGUGUGUGCGCAGUCAUCACACACCAUUCUUGUCCAGCAUGUGUCCCAGCAGCAGUCAUUGAGCCAUCUUCUCCUUGUUGUCCCUGUCUGAAUGCUGGUGCUAGAUCCCAGACAUGCUGCCUCAGUGGCUGCAACACGGAUACCGUUUCUCAUCAGAGCUCUUACUGGACUCCGUGUGUAGCCAAUCAGAAUGCAUUGUUGUUUAUUUCUGUGCUGAGCCAGACUUGACCUGGCAGGACUUUUUUUUUUUUUUUUUUGGACAGCAUCUUCAUGUGUUCAUGGGGUUAUUCACUCCUGGGUCCAGCUCAUGAAGGCUCAACACUCAACAAGAUAUUCCAGAUGUCGUAUCUGAAACAUGAUGCUCUUGGAGGAGGGAAGCUUUAAUGGACACAAAAGCCCCUCUCAAAUGGCUUGUCACCAUCUCUGCUGUAGACUGUAGUAAGGUGAGACGAUCUUAUGCCAGAUCAGUAUCCCAGUCCAAUGUCAUUAUUGUCGUGAUCCAGUUAAUACAGUCUCUCCGCAGGGUGUAACUAGACAUCAUGUUAUUCCAGGGAUAGUCAUACACUACAGUCCUGAUAUUGGUGUCUCUGAACUUUUUUUUUUUUUUUAAAUAGAAGACCUAGAGCCUAGAGCCUAGACCAAGAGAUUGCCUGUUUUUUAUGCAUAGUCUAUCUUUCUGAUGCCAGCGUAUCUGGGGGGACAGGUGGAUGAGAAUUUGUUCUCCCAGGAUUAAAAAAAAAAAAUGUAAGAGGGGUCGCCCACAACCAUUACAUGUCACAUGGAAUGAAAAUAGCGCAUUAGCCUGUGCGGAGUCAGGCGAGUGUCAUGUGAUCAGUGUAACACUGACUCAGAGGUGGUGACACUUGUUUUGGGCAUUUGAUGAAGCCCUGUCCUCACAUGCCCCAUCCUAUGCCAUUCACUCAGAAUAUGCA